GGCUCUUCAAAUUUGCUUCGGCUCUUCAAAUUUGCUUCAGCUCUUCAGGGUCCAUUACAAAAGCAACCGCCCGCCCGAUGCUUCCACUUGUUAAUCGCUGAAGCCUGAAGCAUUUGCCUUUCGACGCUUCCACUUGUUAGUCGCUGAAGCAUUUGCCUUUCGAUGCUUCCACUUGUUAGACGCUGAAGCAUUUGCCUUUGGUCAGGAAGAUGGAACAUGGUGCUGAAAGGUGCCCUUUCUUACAUACUUCCCAAGCUUCUCCGUCUCUCCUCCAUGAAAGAACUGGAACUGGCCCACGCAUUCAUCGUCAAAGCUGGUCUCUGCAAUCACAUUCCUGUAAUGACGAAGCUAAUUGCGUUCUCAUCCCUUUCUCCAUCUGGAAGUCUCCCUCAUGCUCAUGCUUUGUUCCAAGACAUUUCCAUGGACGAUUCUUUCAUUUGUAACACCAUGAUUCGUGCCUACUCCAACAGCGUUUUCCCCCUUAAAGCUUUGCUUAUUUACAACCAUAUGCAACGUAUGGAUGUUCAUUCUGAUCAUUUCACCUACAAUUUUGUGCUCAAGGCUUGUGCAAGAGCUAUCAAAUGCACUGAAAAGGACGACCAAUGUUUUGGCCACGAUAUCAUUUCACGCAAGGGCGCUGAAAUUCAUAGCCGCGUCCUGAAAUUGGGGCUCGAUCAAGAUCAUCACGUCCAGAAUUCAUUGCUUCUAAUGUACUCCGGGUGUGGCUUGGUAGUUUUUGCUCGUAUGCUUUUCGAAGAAAUGACUGUGAGAAGUGCUGUUUCAUGGAACAUUAUGAUGUCGGCUUACAAUCGAGUUCGUGACUAUAAGUCAGCGGAUUCUCUUCUUCAAUUGAUGCCUCAGACAAAUGUAACUUCUUGGAAUACCGUAUUGGCACGCUAUAUUGGGUUGAAUAAUCUUGUAGCAGCACGAAAGGUGUUCGAAGAAAUGCCUGAGAGGGACGUUGUAUCCUGGAAUUCUAUUAUUGCCGGUUAUGUGAAGGUUAAAGAUUACAAGAGAGCUGUGGAGGUGUUCCAUAGCAUGAAACAGUCGGGCAUUAGAGCAACUGAAGUAACGUUUAUAUCUAUUUUGGGCGCCUGUGCUGAAACGGGUUCAUUGGAGAUGGGGAAGAAAAUACACGAGUCCUUGAAAGCGGAGCAUUACAGAAUUGAAGGAUAUCUAGGUAAUGCCAUAGUUGAUAUGUACGCUAAAUGUGGGGAGCUGAGCUUAGCUUUGGAGGUAUUCAACGAAAUGGAGAUGAAGCCUGUAAGUUGCUGGAACGCGAUGAUUAUGGGUUUGGCAGUUCAUGGCUACUGUGAGAGAGCUUUGGACAUGUUUGAUUCCAUGGAGGUAGGGAAUGAUGAUCACAAACCCAAUCGGGUGACUUUCGUGGCUAUUCUGAUUGCCUGUAGUCACAAGGGUCUGGUUGCAGAAGGACGUCAUUUUUUAAGUCUGAUGAUUAACAAAUACAAGAUAAUGCCGGACUUAAAGCACUACGGUUGCAUGGUUGACCUUCUCAGCAGAUGGGGUUUUUUGCAGGAAGCAUACGAGAUGAUCAAAGGUUGCCCUUUCAGUUCAUGCGCUGUUGUGUGGAGAACGUUGUUGGGUGGUUGUAGAGUACACAGACAUGUAGAAUUGGGCGAGGAAGCGUUCUGCAAACUGGGAGAGUUGGAGGCAAGGAAGGAUGGAGAUUAUGUUCUAUUGUCAAACAUCUACGCCGAAGAAGAGAGGUGGGAUGAUGUGGGGCGACUGAGAAACGAGAUGAUUGAGUAUGGAGUUUGCAAGAAAGCUGGAUCCAGCCACGUUAAAAUUCAAUAGUCCAAGGCUUUUACGAGAGAAACAACGGUGUUGAUUAUUUAAGCAACCAGCCCUUUUGGAAACAUUUUUCAGCCCACUGCUUUUGUGUGAUCAACGGUUUCUCUAUGGAUUCUUCUCGCUUACCAACGGCCCAAAACAAACGGUUCGGAUGGAAAAGCUUUCAGUGACAUCAUUUCUACAUUUAUUUGAAUCUUUGUUCUCACAAUAUAUUUAUUUAUUUUAGUCGAGAUAAGCGUGGUGUUUAAUUUGUAGAAGGGGAAUGAGAAUGUGAUAUUUAGAAGUAUUUGAGCGAAGGGUAUGGCGUAUUGAGGUGGAUGCGUGGGAUUAAGGCUUUGUGUGUACGUUGGUUGGGAUGGAUGAUACUCAUACCUACUCGUUUAAAUGCCCAA